GGAUUGCCGUUUACAGCAAAUUCGAGAUCAGUACCAACAAUGUCCAGAACCCAUCGUUGGCCCAGUCCGCCUUCGCGACCAUGGGAGGCUAUACUGACUUUGCAAUCAAUGCAAUCGAUACCGACGAAUGUCAAGUGGCAACCUUUCGUGUUGCAUCGAAUCAACUCCUAAGUGCACGACUCAAACUAGAUGCUUCUGGAGCGCUGUCGGAGGUCGAGUUCCUGCAGGCUGUUGACGGAGACCAAUUCUUCCGACCGAGCGGAUUUCCAAGGACCACGGAAUCCGGUUGGGAUCAAGCUCAAACUCCUGGAUUCCCUCCACAGAUUCCAGCCGGCUUCGAUCCUGCCAUAGGCGCACCUGCAAACGCUAUCAAACACGGGGACGUGUAAGGCAUCGUCUGGAUCGCCUCGUCCCUUGACCCGAGAUGAACUCAUAUUUGUUGCAA